AGACGCGUCACGAUUACGCGUUAUCCUCCAUCCAUCCCCCACACAGCACCUUUAUAUUCACCGUUAGAGUAAAGCGUGCCUGCACUCCUCUCCCGUACCACUAGAGGGCCUCUCCCCAGUUCAGACCCAUCCCCGGUCUCCACAUCCAGCCCUCCCUCCUGCGCUCCUCCUCCCACUCGCUACCUCCAUUCAACCUUAAUGCUACCAACACCGGUACUUUAGCCAUCGUCGACCUGUCAGCCAAAGCUAUCCCUUGUGAAUCGUGAUAUUUAAAGCCGAAGUUUUCAGUCACAGAUAGAGGAUCAGUCUCCAUAAGACCUAAACCAGCCCCGGCAGACAAGGCAGGUGCUGUUCAAGGCGUCGAGAAUACCAACGGAAAACCUCUGUUUUCAUUUUCCAAACACCCACAGGACGACAGGUUCACGGUGUCAGUCACACGGACACACAGAAGGACGGCCGGACCAGCAUCUGAGGAGACUACUCUCUGAAGGCUUGACCAGCGGAAGGGACCAGAUAAAUGGCGGACAAGCAGAUCAGUUUGCCUGCCAAAUUAAUCAAUGGGGGUAUCGCUGGCCUGAUUGGAGUGACAUGUGUGUUCCCCAUUGACCUGGCAAAGACCCGCCUCCAGAACCAGCAGAAUGGAUGCCGCCUUUACACCAGCAUGUCUGAUUGCCUUAUCAAGACUAUUCGCUCAGAGGGAUAUUUUGGCAUGUACAGAGGAGCGGCGGUGAACCUGACCCUCGUCACGCCAGAGAAAGCCAUCAAGUUGGCGGCAAAUGAUUUCUUCAGACAACACCUGAGCGUGGACGGGAAACUCACCCUGGUGAAGGAGAUGCUGGCUGGCUGCGGGGCCGGUACAUGCCAGGUUGUUAUCACCACUCCUAUGGAGAUGUUGAAAAUCCAGCUCCAAGAUGCUGGACGCAUUGCGGCUCAGAGGAAGCUGAUGCCGGAGACGGUGGUGGCGGGCACGGUGGAGGCCAAAUCGCCCACUGCCAUGCAGCUAACGCGCAUGCUGCUGAGGGAGAAGGGCAUCGCCGGCCUGUACAAAGGCCUGGGCGCCACCAUACUCAGGGACGUUCCUUUCUCCAUUAUCUACUUCCCGCUGUUCGCCAACCUGAACCACCUGGGCAAGAGGGGCGUGGAGGGCCCCGCCCCCUUCUACGUGUCCUUCUUCUCCGGGUGUCUGGCCGGCAGCACCGCCGCCGUCGCUGUCAACCCUGUCGACGUGAUCAAGACCCGGCUGCAGUCCCUAAACCGGGGCAGCACGGAGGACACGUACAGCGGCGUUGUCGACUGUAUCAGGAAGAUCCUGCGCAACGAGGGCCCCGGAGCUUUCCUGAAGGGAGCCUACUGCCGCGCGCUGGUCAUUGCGCCGCUCUUCGGCAUCGCCCAGGUGGUGUACUUCCUGGGCGUGGCCGAGUACUUCCUGGCCCUGCUGCCCAAAAAGGACAAAUAGGAAGGAACCUUCCUCAUGCCCCUCCUACUGCUCCUCUCUGCCUAUCCUUCCUCCCACCAUGCAUUGCCACGACUCACCAAUCAAGAUUCAUCUCAUUAAGCGACGACAAAAGAAGGUUGCGUUGAUUUUCUGUUUUGUGCGUGUGUUCCGUUGAAUGUGGAGACUUCAAACGUUUGGGGAAUCUUCUGUGAGCCAGGCUGACUAGCGUGUCCCAUGCGAGGCCAGGAGGCGGGCAGAGCCAGCUCUCUGUAAUGAGGCACACAUAUCCUUUCUAUGUUCUUUCCAUAAGUCUUUCCUGACAUUGAGUGGAGCUGUGAGAUGUGAAUGUUGAGACAGAGUUGAUGCAUUGCCCCGGGUUGCCCAAAUCAUGCAAACCUUCCCACCACGUUUGCUUCCACCCAGCACUGUCCUCUCAGACGAUCAGGGGGUGUUGGCUUGGUAACAUUGAGAGAUGAUUAUCACAAUCCACUGUACAUAUCUCCCCUGGAACGAUCUCUAGCUGCAAGGACCCCAGACCCCCUUAUGAUUGAUCAGAUAUACAAUCCAAUGAAUUAGAGUAAAGUGUAUGUUUCGGGUUCAAAGAAAGAACCCUAGGACGUUUGGAUAUUUUUCAAACGUUCCCCAGAUAUGUACCGCUGACAUCUCACUCACCUGGCUGCAACUGGUUGUAAGGAACUCUGCCAUUCAGUCUAUUGGAGGCUGACCUGUAUUGCCUUUACCUAGAUUAUUAUAUAUAUAUAUGACGUUGCGUGACAGUGGCUCCACGAUGAUUAGGACAGCUCUAGUCCGAGGUCUGCAUUCAGCCCUUACUACAGUCUGUCUCGUUGGACCUAUCAUACAGGACCUACCUAGUUAUACACGAUAUGCAUUUCAAAUAGACGACGUAGCGUUUAAUCAAGUUAUUUUGCACAUUAAUAUGUACACACACUAAAAGCCUGUAAAUGCCAGUACCCCUGAUUGAAGAAGGUGCUAAUUAAAUUAAUUAAAUGUUUAUUGUAAUUACACCGGGGAGGAGCACUGUAACCCAUCCUGAAACCAACCCUUAGCCAUAUUAUCUUAGAGAUCCUGGAUCCCAGCGGGACUAUUGUUUACAGAUCAGUUCGAGCUCGCUCUUCUUAUCGUUAUUAUUUUGUUAUUUUGUUUAAAAGAAAUGAUCCAUCACGUGAAUACAGCGACAGUACCCAAAGAGCAUUAUACUAACACUGAAUUGUACAUGACAAUAGGUGGGCUUUUAGCAGGGGGACCGCCUUCCAUUCAGACAUAACGCCACUCCGACACUGAUGUCUAAUUGUCGUAGUGGCGGCACUUCCAUUGUUUUCAAUAGUAUCCGUCUGCGUCCUGCAAGACGGAGGCGUGACUUGUAGUAGGAGGCGUAACUUGUAGUAGGAGGCGUGUCUUGAACUUUUCUAAAUCAUGGAAGUAGGAGGCGUGUCUAGUACUUUUCUAAAUCGCGGAAGUGAUCUGUAUGUAGCAGUGGACCUCAAAUAUUAGGCCUUAUAUAAAAAUAAUCUUAACAUGAUCUUAACUUCAGACUUCGACUUCAAGGAAGAGCUCGCGUAUAUGUGAACCGGGAUUUACAAUAGGCCUACUUAAAUUACCGCAAAAAGAGGAAGAUCUCGCGUGGACCGCAAUUUAGAAAAGUACAAGACACGCCUCCUCCUGCUACAAGUGCCUACUACAAGUUACGCCUCUGUCUUGCAGGACGCAGACAGACCGUACUCCGGACCACUCCGGCAAUUUCUGUUUUCAUGGUCGGAGCGACGGUACUCAAAUUUUUUUCGAACGUCCCGCCAUUCCGACAUGAGGUCAUUAAUAUAAAUUGCAUUACUAUUAUCAUUGUAGCUUACUUUAAUUAAUUAAUAUGAUCAUUUCUUAGUUGCAUGCGAUGUAGUGUCCUACACUGACAUUCGUCAUUUUGAGUUGCGUGUCCCGAGUCCCAGCAAAAGCCUGUCGGGACGCUAAAAUGUCCUGGUUUCCAGCAUCCACUAAGAAAUGUCUCCUUUUGUCCGCAAUUAUAUAUCCAACGUGGUCUAAUUAUAGCCCGCUCAUUAACUAAAAAACACAUAGAAAGAUUAAAGCAUCGAGCAUGUGAUUUCAACAAUCUGAGAGGAUACGCAACAGGGAUAAUCGCACAGUGGAAUGCUGCGCGAUUUAAUCUGCACAGUGGAAAGCGCUCUUCCACUUGGCGGACAAGUGCUGGCCGGAGAUGUUCGCUCAUUUUAGAAGCAGGGAGAUGACAAGACAAAAAUACAUGAUUAAUUUGCCGUGUGCUGCCUGGCACUAAUGCGGCCCGCGAGGGAAUAUUUACAGGGCAUUUUAGUGGAAACCUAUAGGUAAAAAUAAAAGGUUGAGGGAUAUUUUAUAACAUGUUUAACGGAUUUCCCUUCUAUGGGCAAAAGCUGUUGGUUAAUUAUUAUUGAUCCCCUUCGAGAAUUUGUGUGGAAACGGGUGGGUCUGGGGCGGGCUAUAUUCUCACCUUUCUCCUUUGUAAAGGGCAUUGUAUUGCCUUUGGGCCGAUAUGAAGUUAACUGUGCCCAUUCCUUGAUUCGUUCUGAAUCAAACAAUUCAUUUCGUUCCAAUGAUCGUCCAAUCAACUCCAAUAGUGGUCCUGCAUUGAGUUUAAAUCCAACUCUAACGAAUACGAAACUCUAGCACUCGUAACACACUUGGGAAAUGCAGUCGUCAAUUGAUGGAAUGGGUUAUUUCAUACAUCAUCCCAAACAAAAUUUGGAAUUAACCAAAUAAUUUACAGAUAAAUAAUACUGAAAUGGCUACUUUUUGGUUUAACACAUUUUAACGAAAUAUUUAUGAUCCCCCAAUGUUGACCUGAAGUCGGCGCCGCAAUUUUCGUCUCGUAAACGGUCGUUGCCAUUUGAAACGGUCGAUGCCAUUUCCAACCAUGUCCGAUUGCGUCCGAUCUUGAAUUCCGAAUGCUUCGUGAACGGAAUUAAAACAUGGCGGACGUAGAGGAGCCAGGACCUGCAGCAGGUCACUUGGAGUCAGUUAAAAACAGCACAGGGUGGAAUGUUAAAUAAUCUCAGAUAUAAAUAACAAUAUCGGGUUAAAUAACUUCACAUGGUGUGUCUGGUGUGUUUCCAGCAUUCGUAGUGUUGAUCAGCAGAUAUAUAGUCCGCCAAGACGUUGAGGUUGCUUAGCAACCAGAGACUGUCCAUCAAGUGAACGGAGCGUUCCCUCUUCGUCAUCAAUAUCAAACCAAACAUCCUUCACAUUCACCGAGCGAACAUUAUGAAAGUAAAAUGCACAUUUCUCGCAAAAAAUGUGCGUAACUAUGUUACUAUUUCCACCCAGAAUAAAGAAAGAUGUCGGCCGUAUGCUUCUGUGCAAGCGUCACUACUCACUGCCAGUGACGUCGGGUCAAGCUCAACGCUGAUUGGGCAACGCGUUUCAAAUGGCAACGACCGUUUACGAGACGGAAAUUGCGUCGGCGCCACUGAUUGAUAGAUCAGUCGGAAUGGCAGUACUAAAAGGUGUCAGAAUGGGGGCAUGUCGAAAUGGCGGCAUAUCUGAAUGGCGGCAUGUCGGACUGCCAGCAUGUCGGACUGGCAGCAUGUGACCUUUAACAGGAUGCCUAAUGAAUGCAUGCUCUUCUUUAAAGAGUGUGUGUUUUCUCCAUGCUCCAAUGCUUGGACAGCCUUUGUCGUGCGUGUGCGUUACACCCUGCCAUAGAGCUGUAUCUCGUCUGAGAUCAAGGUGACUUUGAUGUGCAUUAUCCACCCACUUUCUCCUCACUCUCCCGCUCUCAGCAGCUCUAGACGUGUGCUGUUGCACCCUUGUAAACACAAUGCACCUUGUAUUAUGAUUUGUGGAUCAUCUUUAUCGGCAGUGUAGCGCAACCUGUGUGUUCUGAGGUGUCCCGUGUCCUGAUGUUGUACAUAUGCAGAGGAUAAUUACCUUUAUCUUUUAGUGUUGUUUUUGUACAUUCGGCUUAUUUGCACACCUACCUCUUCACUGCCCCCCCUUUUUGCAUCAAUGUUGUGGUGAUUUAUGUUGUAAGGAAAUGGUUCAUAUGAUGAAGUAUAUUAAUUGCAGCAACGGAUUCGAUUUUUUUUUUUUACCAUGUGCAAAGAUGAUGAUGCUUUAUGAUGAUGACCGCCUGUUCGAGGGCUGAUGGUGGCGUCUCUGGUCUCCCAGAAUGCUGGUCACGAGUGUUGUAUAAUGAUGUCAUAUUUAUAUUUAUUUGUAAAGCUUUCAGCUUCCUGUGAAUGCCGUAUAAUUAACUACAGGGAGAUAUUAACAAAAUGCUGGAAAUUGGACAUCGAUAUUCCUUGAUAUUGGUGCCUAUGUUGUUUGUUGGCCGCCGAGCGGCUCGCAGAGCGACGCUAAUGAUCGUAGAUUGAUUUGUGUGUGAACGAGACUGUCUGAUUCUUCACUUGAAGCCGUGGGUUUGAUCAGUCAGAGUCCAUGCGAGGGAAAGCCAUCUAGAAACCGCCACCAUCACUGGACACCUGCAGCCAUAGCGACGAGCCACAGACCAAGUACAAAGAGCUGCCCAACCGUACCAUCUCGCUUCAUUUCUUUCUGUACUGGUGAUGAUGUAAUCCCCCCCCCCCCCCCCCCCCCCUACAUUCCAAAGGCUAUGUAAUCUCAUUCCUAUUUGGUGUCAGUGGAAUUGUGAGAAAAAAAUUGAAUGUUAUUGGUUUGAUUGUUCCCAAUUUACUGAGAUGAUUUCAUAUUUUGUUUUUGUCAUCUGUUGUGCUGAUGAUUUGGUUUUAAUGCACCCGUGAAGUUUAAUUGACCUUGUGCACUUGUAUGUGUGCGUAUGAUUGUGUGUGAGACUGUGCGUGUGUGUAUGCGUAACAGUGUAGUGCUGUAGGUGAUAUAUGUCGUUGUGUAAGUGUGACACUGCAACGUUUUAUUUAUCUUAUCGUUGGUCCCACUCUUCUCUUCUCUUCAACACACUUCAAUACUCUUCAUCAGACUGUCCCUCAUCUAGACUAAGGAAGAGCCUGUUCCUCAAGGGUCCAUGAACCCAAAUAUAUAUCAGUGUAUACAAUCAAGAAAGCACAAAUGGAUAAUUAGGCACAAGAGACAACUUAUCCAAAUCGAACAAGCUUGAUAAAGAUCUUCGAUGUUAAUACCCCCCAUAAAUCAAAGUACUUUCACAACUUAACAAUAGAUGGAUUUAAAACUGGAACCCGGCUUUGAAAUUUUGUUUCACUACAUGUUAAGUGAAGUAUAGUCUUCAAGUCAAGGGCUUAUUCCAGGUUCCUGGGAAGCUCAACUGAAAACAAGAGGUCACUUCUCAGGCCUGCUCCGGAUCUUUAAUGGUAAGAACGGCUUGCAGUCCUGUCGUUCGUAUAGGCCUAUAUCACUUACAACACGUAUAAGAAUGUAACGUAAGAAUCUGAGAUAUAUUAUAAAUAGAGUGAAGAUUUUAUUAGAUUUUAGUCCAAAUAUUCAUAGCAGCAAGAGACACUGAAAAAAAUAACAAACCAGCUUAUCGAUAUGCAAUAAGUAGACACGUCACGUAGAUGCACACACAAAUAAUACAACAAUAAAUGACUCAUUUAGGACAAUGCAAUGCUCUCUCUGGAGAGCACAGUGCAUUAUUUCACUUUGGAUAUAGGUUCUCCACACCUUGCCUGCAUCUCCCUCGCUGACAAAGAGAGGAAGACGAGAUGCAUGGUGAGUGACGUAAUUGUCGUUGUUUACAAUGCGAUGAAAAAAAAAAGUAUGUAAUGACAUCUUGUAUUCCCUGCCACAACUUGCUGUUGAAUAAAAUGUUGAAUUAACCUUGA